AUGUUCAAAUCCUUCUUCUACCUCCUCUCCCUCUCGACAUCGGCAUUGGCAACCCCGGUUGUCAACAUGGAGAAGCGGGUUGAACAUUAUGGAGAAGCAAUAGAGUACAAUCCCGGAUUUGGGGCUUGUGGAGGGCUCAAUGGACCCGGUGACUUUGUGGUAGCUCUCAAUGCUGCUAAGUUUGAUGAAGAUCAUGGGGGUAAUUGUGACCAGGUAGUGGAAAUUACCAAUGUAAAGAAGGGCAACGUGGCAACUGCAAAACUCGUUGAUGAAUGUCCCGGUUGCUCCCAAGGUUCCCUUGACAUGUCGCCAGCUUUGUUCUCCAAGUUGAAUGAUGGAGAUUUGGAUGCUGGGGUGUUCAAUAUCACUUGGCACUUCCAAUCUUAA